AUGGAUGGCAUGCAAGCACGGGUCGAUGCGUGUAGGGCUAGUUCCUUGGAUAGGGUCGAAACGCUAACGAUAUCGGUGAAGACGUCGAAGAAAUUCCAUAAAACGCGUGUGACCGACAUACUGGACACCUGGUAUCAAGAUGCUGGCCAAGAGGUCUAUUUCUUUACGGAUUCUGAAGACGCGAACCUGAAAGCUCGACUUGGUGAUCAUUUGACCGAAACACUCUGCUCUACAGGGCACGACAGAACUUCACUAUGCUGCAAAAUGAACCACGAGUUGAUGUUCUUUGUGAAAAAGAACGCCAGCUGGUCUUGCCACUUCGAUGACGACAACUAUGUCAAUAUUGGGAGGCUCAAAACUCUUCUAUUUUCAAUGAAUUCGACAUUACCAUGGUAUGUCGGAAAAUCGUCCACCCUUCGACCGCUCGAAAUUUCAUCAGCAGAUGGAAUGAAAUUGUUCCAAAGCAACUAG